AGGAUAAUGAGGCUAAGCAUAGCUCGCUCAUAUCUCGUAGCCCCUCAUCGCGUCAUCCCGAGCCGACCCAUUUUCUCUUCUUCCCUAAAACCUCAAAUUCCACUGUUUCUAAGGCCACCAAAUUACUCCACCACGCUCUCAGAUGUCCAAAAAUGGCACGAUUGGGCCAAAACCCUCAAUUCCUCAGUCGGAUCAUCCUUUUUGGAGGCAGACAACGGUCCAGAUUCCACCCUUUUGAACCGAGAGCUCAAAUGGCUGAUUGAAGAUGCAGUUGAAGAAGAAUCAAAAUCCCUAAGUUCCGAACUGGGAAUUGACGAUGUCAAGCGAAAUCGUGAGCAGGGCCUGAGAAAUGUGAGGUUGAAGGUGGGAAUCGAGGAGCUCUAUAGGCUGUGGAAGCAGAGGAUCCAUGAGAGGCGGCCGUUUCAGUACAUUGUUGGGUGCGAGCAUUGGAGGGAUUUGGUGUUGAGUGUGGAAGAAGGAGUGCUGAUUCCGAGGCCUGAGACGGAGCUUUUGGUGGAUUUGGCUGAUAAGGAAGCACUUGGAGGAGAAGGGUUUUGGGUUGAUUUGGGUACUGGAAGUGGUGCAAUUGCUAUUGGUAUUGGCAGGAUUUUGGAUGGUCGUGCUAGAGUUAUUGCCACUGAUGUAAGCCCCACGGCACUGGCAGUCGCCGCCUAUAACGUUCAGAGGUAUGGUUUACAGGAGUUGAUUGAGUUAAGGCAAGGAUCAUGGUACGAGCCGUUAAAGGAUGUCCAAGGAAGGGUAUCUGGAAUUAUAAGUAAUCCUCCCUACAUACCCAGCGAUAAUAUUUUUGGCCUUCAAGCUGAGGUUUGUAAACAUGAACCUAGAGUUGCAUUGGAUGGAGGCACUAAUGGCAUGGAUGAGCUUAUCCAUCUAUGUGAUGAAGCUGCUUUAAUGUUGAAACCUGGUGGCUUCUUUGCUUUUGAGACAAAUGGUGAAGAUCAGUGCAAGAAUCUAGUGAAGUACAUGGAAAGUAUUCACAGAGGGAGGUUUUGCCAUCUGGAAAUGGUGUCUGAUUUUGCAGCCAUUCCUAGAUUUGUAACUGGAUUCCUCAAAGAAUAGUGUCUUUCUUGAUCUCAGCUGAAGCUGCCUACUUAAAAAAAACCAACAAAAUGAGUUCAGAUCAAUUCACAUUCAGCUCUUUAGUCUAGAUUAGAUAGCUGUUUUUAAUCUCAUCUUUUCUAAGCUUCAAAAUUAUUAUAAGCUCCAAAUACAAAUUAGAAGCAAAUCAUUUGUUGAGCAUUUUAGGAACACUCCUGCAUUGGGAUAGCAGAAGAAGCCCAAGUUUGAUGUGAUUCAAUUUUGUGGGAUUUCAAUUACUGAGAUGGGAUCAGAACAGGGCUAAGCGAUCUGUCGAAGCUGUGGGACGGAAAAAUGCAUCGGCAAGGGAGCGUUCCGCCUUAGAGGGAAGCACCCGUGCGAGCGGUGGUGGACGAAGCGGAAACGAGAAUGUCGGCUUGAGUAAUGCAAACAUUGGUGAGAAUCCAAUGCCCUGAAAACCUAAGGGUUCUUCCACAAGGUUCGUCCACGGAGGGUGAGUCAGGGCCUAAGAUCAGGUCGAAAGGUGUAGUCGAUAGACAACAGGUGAAUAUUCAUGUACUAUCCCUUGUUGAUCCUGAGGGAGGGAGGAGGCUAGGUUAGUCGAAAGAUGGUUAUUGGUUCAAGGAUGCAAGGUGCCUCUGCUUUUUUAGGGUAAGAAGGGGUAGAGAAAAUACCUCGAGUUAAUGUUCGAGGACCAGGCGCUACGACGCUGAAGUAACCCAUGCCAUACUCCCAAAAAAAGCUCGAAUGACCUUCAACAAAAGGGUACCUGUACCCGAAACCGACACAGGUGGGUAGGUAGAGAAUACUUAGGGACGCGAGACAACUCUCUCUAAGGAACUAACACCUAAAUAUUGUUUGAGUUUCAAUUCUUCUAAUGCUCUUUAUGAUCUAACUUGAUCAAUCAUAAUAUUUCACUCGUGAUCUGGUCAGGUCCAAUCAUGAUAUUAAUGGAUAAGGUAUUUUCUCGAAAAACACCGGAUCCCGAGAAGAGUUGAAGAUGGUGCAAGAUCGAAUCCUCUUACCUUACUUCGAAUGGAAGCUUAGCCCGCCUCACUUGCUUUCUUUAUUGUAUAAGGGCACAAACGAAGUCAAUAGAUUUGCUAGUUGAAUAGAUUUCCUUCU